AUGCUUGUUACACGGCAAUGCGAUACAGGACGGAACACUUGGUCCUCUAGUAAACUUGGGUCUGCUAACUUCGCAUCUCCACGGAUGUCGAACUUUGAGGCUUUGCCACCACAGCCGGACUGGCGAGAACAGUACUCUUCGUACCAACUCUCUGGAGAGAAUGGCAUAGCUCAUCAAAACUACGAGCACCCUGCGAGCUCGAACAUCAACAAUAGUCAACCGCAAUCUAUUGCCAGACCGACUUCAGAGCACCGACGCGCACUUGGUCCGCUGAGACCAGAAGCUUCGCCAACCCCUAUUAUAGAACGAGCAGACUCAGCACCGGGAGAUUGUGGUCAAUCCACCGCCAACAGAGCUCACGACGAAUCCAUGGUUUCCACAGAAUCAGCGCCGCUUCCUCUUGGAUCGAUAGCAUCAAUUCCAUUAUCAUCCGCGUCUAGUGCACCUUCACAACAGCAGGGAGCAGGAGCACUCGUAAAUGAGGACGGAGGAGCUCUUUCAGAUCCCAAGGAAGAAGAUGACGAUGUUGACGACGACGACGAUAUGCUAGAUACUGAAGAUGGUGCUUCUUCAACGACCCAGACCGCAGCAGAACGAAGAGCGGAACGUAGGAAGAUGAAAAGAUUUCGUCUUACUCACCAACAGACUCGAUUCCUUAUGAGUGAAUUCGCAAAGCAAGCGCAUCCAGAUGCUGCUCAUCGUGAGCGACUAUCUCGAGAAAUCCCAGGCCUCAGUCCUAGACAAGUCCAGGUGUGGUUUCAGAACCGACGCGCAAAGAUCAAGAGACUCACUGCGGAUGACCGAGAACGAAUGAUGAAGAUGAGGGCGGUACCGGACGACUUCGACAACGUACAGGCUCUUCAUUCUCCUUACGGGGCUGUACACGGCAUUGGAGCACCAAUGCAAUCGCCUGUCGAGUAUGUGCCAAAUUACGCAGAUCAUAUGAUACGACCUUUGAUGGUAGACACGAUGCGCAGACAUGAACACGAUGACCAUAUGUCGCCCACGGGCAUGAGUCCUGCAUAUCCAGGACAUGGUGGAUUUACUCCAGGAAGUUCAAUUGGCACACCCGACGUUCUAUCGCCGUUGUCUAUUACUUCGUCUGAUCGAUAUUUUUCCAGCCAUCUUUCAAGUCCGAUGAGCUCAGGGCCACGAAGUUCGAAUCCGUUUGAUCGACAAGGGGGCUAUCAGGCAGUUUCUCAGCCAAGGCAUCACAAUGGUCGACCAUUACAACCAUUACAACUUCGAGAGACAAUGUCAAGAUCGCGAUCAGAAUCACUACAGUCGCCAUUGAGAUCUAGCAUGUCCUGGAAAGGAGAAACUUUAGACUAUGCCAAUUACCAGACUGGACAACCGAGUCCUCAGUCAGCUGGACGACAACAAUCAAUGUACCAGCCUGAGCAGACCAACGCGGUCAAUGCGCACCAAUUUGAGACAAGUUCCUAUCCAAAUUCCAAUAUUCAACAUUCACCACAACACAUGAAUUACUCGCCAUCGCAUCCCCCACCCUCUUUACAACAGCAUUCUUCACCAGCUGCCAUGUCCCGCAUGCGAGCAUCUACCGGUGCUUCAUACCCCCAAGGUCUUGACCUCCGCAACCAAUACCGAUCGCUCUCUCAACAAGGCUCAUCACAUCUACCUCCUACUUCCCGUCCCUUUGCAUCGGCAUACUCGGCCGGUUUCGCCAGUGCACCUCUAACAGCACCAAUGGAAUUCUCCCUCCCCCGAACACCAAGCGACGCAAAUCAUCCACAAUUAAGUGCGCCAAUGGCACCUCCACAAGAUUUCUCGAACGCGUACAACGCAUCAAGAUCUCCUCAAGGAGAGCGAGAAUUCAACUCGCAAGGUCAAGAACAACAACAUGGUCAAGACCACUCACAGCCUGGCAGCCACCAACCACAGAGAAACAACAGCGACGGUUCAUCUUAUCUUCGAUCUAAUGAAUUCGAAGGGAAAGAGAAUCGGAAAAGAAGCUUUACCAUGCCGGGAACAUAUGCAACUUCUCACAUGUCUUCUUAA